AUGGAUAAAGAAAAUAAGAAAAAGAUUUAUGAGUAUAUUCAUAAUAACUCUGUUACACCGACACCACAACCAAAAGAACAAUUACCAAAGCGUCCUGUUCAAAUACCAAAAAAGUUUCCUAAACAGCAACAACAGCCGCCACCAAACUUGUCAUUACAAAAGUCGUCGACUAAUGGCGAGCAAGAAAUUGAUAAACGUCCUGUGGCAAAAAUGACUUAUGAACAAGAACAGGCUGAGAGACGUCGUUUAUUGGAAGAGAAUGCAAGGCCAACUACAAUAAUCACCAGAUCAAAAUCGAAAGAAGUUUCAAAACCAAUUCCAAAACACAAUGUGGUGGUUUUAGAUAGUGCUAAACCAAUCCAAUAUACUCCCAAAAAUCAAAAAUUGUUACCACGCAAAACUUCUUUCACGGGCAGGGAAGAAACACCUAUUUCAUUUUCAACCAUACAUUCUUUUGGAAAAGCACAGCGCGUAUUGCCGUUAAGCAAGACAGCUGACGUUCGAAACGAUGACCAUAUUCCGUUAGAAGAACAAUUGACGCCAACAAGGUCACCUUUACCUGAACUGCUAACUAAUCGUAGGCGUUCUAAAAUAUUUCAAAGUCCAGUGGGAAACGUACCUGGGAAAGCUAGACGCGUAAAGGUAUCAAUAUUAAAAGAAGCUGAUAAGGACAAUUCAGAUGCAACGCCCACAUUGCCAUUAGAAUUUACUACACCUACGCAAUCGCCAUUGAGAACGUCAAUAUCUCGUCGGCGUUCAAGGAUAUAUUCUAGCCCGACUUUAAAUAUUUCGGGAAAACCUAAACGCGUUAAAAUAAUAGAAUCAGUAGAAGGUCUUGGUGAUGAAGGAAGAGUUAAAAAUGAUGACCUGGAUUUCACCAAUACAAAUGCAAUCAAUUUAACUCCACUAAAUCCUCGCAAGCGUUUGUCAAUAUUCCCUAGUCCAUCGGUUGAAGUGUCGGAAACUUCACAACA